CGGACAUCCCAUCUCUUUGUCCGAUGGCUAUAUGAAGCUGCCUUCAUGGAUCAGUCAAUGUUGUUGAACACACGGGCCCGGGAUAAUGUGGAAAAUAAGGAAGGCAAAAGGAAAUCAGAUCAUGUCAUGAUAUAUCUGUGUGCAACAAUGUGGCAUGAAACAGUGGAUGAAAUGGAAAAAAUUCUUUCCUCAAUAUUCAGGCUGGACAAAUACAAACCCCAUGCUGCAAAAUCACAUAAAGACAAUUUUGACUUUGAAACGCAUAUUUUCUUCGAUGAUGCAUUUACUAUUAAUAGUCCAAAUGAAAAUUUGCAGGAAAGAGUUGUGAAUGAGUAUGUGAAGAACUUUGUUGACACAAUGGAGAACAUUUUUAGGAUAUUUUCUCGUGAAAAGCGCUCUGCCAUGGAGGAACCGGAACAGGAAGAUGAUGACUUUGUGAGGCAAUCUAUAAUGGAGACACCUUAUGGUGGAAGAAUCAGCUAUACACUUCCAUAUGGAAAUACCAUACUUGUCCAUUUGAAAGACAAACAGAAAAUCCGACACAAGAAGAGGUGGUCUCAGAUCAUGUACAUGUAUUAUCUGCUGGGAUGGAAGCUAAAUAGGAAGUACACCACCUUGUCAGGAAAAUCCGUAGAUGAAGUAUCUGCUGAAGGUCCCUUAUUGAUUGAGAAGGAAAACACCUACAUUCUGGCAUUGGAUGGAGACACUGACUUCCAGCCUUCAGCUUUGAUCUUGCUUGUUGACAGGCUGAGGAGAUAUCCACAUGUGGGGGCUGCAUGCGGUAGAAUACAUCCAACAGGAGUUGGUCCUAUGGUGUGGUACCAGAAGUUUGAAUAUGCUGUGGGUCACUGGCUCCAGAAGACAGCUGAACACGUGUUAGGCUGCGUGCUGUGCAGUCCAGGCUGCUUCAGCUUGUUCAGGGCAGAGGCGCUAAUGGAUGACAAUGUUGUGAAAAAAUACACCACCAGGGCAACUGAAGCACAACAUUUUGUCCAAUAUGAUCAAGGAGAAGACCGUUGGCUAUGCACACUAUUGUUGCAACAAGGAUGGAGAGUGGAAUACAAUGCCGCUUCAGAUGCCUACACAAAUGCACCACAAGAAUUCAAAGAAUUCUACAACCAACGACGCCGUUGGGUACCAUCAACUUUAGCAAAUACAAUUGACCUUUUGGAUAGUGCUGCAGAAACAUCAAAGAAAAACCCUUCAAUUUCAAAACUCUACAUACUGUACCAAAUUGUUGGGACAGCAGCAUCAAUUCUGGGUCCCUCCACUGUGGUCUUAAUGAUAGCAGGAUCAUUUACCUUCGUGUUUAAUUGGAAUGGAAAUGUUGCCCUGGCUCUUGGAAUUAUUCCGCCAGCUCUUUAUAUACUCAUCUGUUACUAUGUCAAAUCUGAUACUCAGAUCAAUAUUGCUGCAGUUCUAAGCAUUUUUUAUGCUUUUCUAAUGAUUGCAACAAUAAUGUCCAUCAUUGGUGAGAUUGUCAGAGAGCAGACUUUUAUCACACCAACUGGCUUGUUCUUCAUCUCCAUGAUGAUCCUUUUCGUCUCAACAGCACUGCUGCAUCCCCAGGAAUUCCACCUUGUUUUAUAUGGAAUGUUGUACAUAAUCUGCAUUCCAAGUGGAUAUUUGCUAUUGCCAAUUUAUUCUAUGGUGAACAUGAAUAAUGUUUCUUGGGGCACUCGUGAAACGGCCUCUCCAAAGAAACAGACCAAAGCAAAGCCGCAACAGAUUAGGCGAUAUGAAAAGAAAUGCAAGUGCAUCUGCUGGGAUAUUGAACUUGUAAUAAAAGAAGAUAAAAAGGAAGAAAUUCGACAAACAGACAGUAGUGCAGUUGAAGAAGUAGAAGAAUUGGAACCCAAAAUUGACGACAAUUGGAUUGGCAAAUUGCAAAAGGACUCUAUCCAUAUAGAUUUUGUUGAAAAGGAUCUUGAUGAAAAUGAAACUCCAUUCUGGAAUGAUCUGAUUGAGGCGUAUCUUAAACCAAUCGAUGAAGAUAAAGAGAGACAGAAAGAAAUUGCCCAAAAUCUGAAGUCCCUGAGGAACAAGGCCACUUUCCUAUUUUUCAUCAUUAAUGUUCUGUGGCUUGUUUCAACAUUCUUUCUGCAACUGAUUGGCCCUGAUAUACACAUAAAGAUCCCCAAAAUCCUCUCAAAUGGCAGCUUCUCAGAAUCUGAGAGUCUAGAAGUUGAGCCAAUUGGUUUUAUGUUCUUGAUAUCAUUUGCUAUACUGCUGGGAAUCCAAUUCAUCACUAUGUUGUUCCACAGGAUUAAUACCCUCAUCCACUUUAUUGCGUAUAAAGGAACUGAAGUGAAACCUCAAAGGACUGUUGGAGCAUAUCAAAAGCAUAAAGAUUUUGAAGAUUGACAUUAUAUAGAAGAUAAAUCAACAGAGCUGGAGAAGAAUUGAACUGCAACUUGUUGAUUUCAUACUUACACCAGCAUUAACUGUUUGAAGUUCAGCUGCAUACUAAUCAUGUUCCUAAAUGGAUAUUUAUGAAGUAAAAACUGCUGGUCCAUUAGUAAUUAGUAAGAGGGCAUUGCAAAUAGAACUAGAUUAAUUAGAAUUGCCUGUUUUGCAUAUCUGAAAUGAGCACCCAGUUGACAACAUGGCUCCCUGCGAGAGGUGGAAAACCAAUUCUCAUCCACAACUCAGUUCAUCCCUUGAGUUAACAUCUGAACCCGAGACCACAGGCUGCCGCUGAAGGCAUGAUUGGUGUCUACUUGUUGACUGAAUUGUACUGACAUAUUGUUAAACCAGUACCAUCAGAUUUGGUUAAUGGCCUUUACAUCUAUAAUUAACUCAGUCAUGUAGUGAAUAUUUUUUAAGAACACAAUUUUAGUUAACAAAGUAUCUCAGGAAUGACCAAUAUAUUUUGUGGGUGUAAAUACUUACCUUGAUCUAUGUCAAAGUAUAACAUUCCAUAUAUGACAAUCAUCUAAUUAAAGAAAUGAGGUGAAAUUUUAAUCUAGAUACAUUCCAUUGCAAAACUUAGUAUAAAAUAAUUAUAAAUAUUUUGCUACUUUGUAAUGCAUGGAAAUGUUCCUUUUUAGAACACAAACUUGUGCCACUAUCAUCAUUAGUCUUCCCUCAUUGUAUCUGUUUGUUUAUUGAUGCUUCUUCACCCAACAAUCUUGUUCUGAACAUUUACAAUGACAGCAGAGGUCAGUCUUGUGUUGGACCGUAGUUUGCUGUUGUGACAAUCAGCUUUGGUCAAGGUGAACGUCAUUUGUCCAAGUCAAAGGAUAAAGAACAGCAGUUGAUAAAUAAAGGAGCAAUGGAAUAUUGUUGGUCUGGGACGAUUAGCAUCUUUAUAGUGCAAUAAACAUCCAGUGGUCUUUCAUUGUACAUUAGUGAAAGAAGACAAAGAUAGUUUUGGAUAUACAGGUGCAUGUGCACAAGCACACACUCAUAAAAUGGAAGUGCAUUAUGCCAAAUGAACAGAAUUAUUCAUGUGCAAUUGCAAUAAUCUUCAACUGACCAUGAAUUAGUAGAAUUUAAACUUUUGCACAAAAUGGUCAGUUGUUCCAGUUUCUGUGUAAUAUUACCUUGUAACCGUAGAAUAUGUAAAAGAAACAAAAAUGUUAAUUUAUUAUAAGUAACCCAAUAAAUUUGCUAUCAAUUAAAUAUCUUUUUAUAUCUAUUUGGUUUUAGAGUACAAUUGUUUGAUGUAGUUUGGUGUAUUUCACAAUUGCAAAUGAUAGGAAAUACUCAUGUGUAACAUACAGCAUUACUUCAAAUAUGGUUUUCAAAUGCACUUUAAAAUUCUACCAAUGAUAUUUUAAGCUACCAAAUAAUUAUUGUUUCCUCUAGUUAAUCGAACUCUUCAUUUAAUUAAAAGCAUAGAUUCUGAGAUAAUAUUUGCUAUUGAUCACUUUUAACAUCUCCAAAGUACACAACCCAUUCAAUUUUAACACUGGAUGAACUGCACCCAGUGGGUUUCACAUUAUGUGCUUUUCCAUUUUAAACUUUCAAAGUUUAUUUGCUAAUAAAAUAUGGUGAUCACAUUUUUCAACUAACUAAUGAUACAGCAAACUUUUUCAGUAGUUGGCUUUAUGAUUCUUGAAUUAUGCAGUCAGUUUUGUCCCACAUUUAUUAAUUGUUGAUAUGUAAAUGGUCACAAUAGUUUUGUGUGACUAAUACUUGCACUAAUUACUGUUUGCAUAAAAUUAAGUUAUCUAUUAUUGUGUAGGUUGAAUGUGAUGGCUAAUUUCUAAGAAAAUCAAUGGAGUGAAUGAAAAUCUGUUGAUAUCUACAUGCACGAACCCGUAACCCACAAAAUAAACUGAUUCAUUAACUUUAA